AUGAGUCACAAUUUUGGAGGCUUGAGACCUGCACUACUGCAAUGCCACACCUCACUUCCCAUGCAAAAGGUUCCAAAUCUCCAUUGCUUUGGCUUUCAUCUCUGGGUUUCUCCUUGCUGUGUCGUCCCAUGUCAUGUUCUGGCUCAUGGCGUCUGUAUGAAGUCAAAAAACUCCUCAAAGUGUGAUUAA